GCAGCAGGCUGCCGCACGGAUGCUAUUGCUGGUGCUAUUCGCGCGGCACGGGGUACAAUCGCUUGCGCGCUGCGACAGCUCUGAUCACUGCUGUGACUCUGGCGGUCAAUGCGGGCACCUGGGGCCUCGCCUGCAAUCAAUGCGAUGCAAAAACUAAAGACGAGCGAGACCUAGCGUGUCGACACACACUAGCAAAUCAACAGCGCUUUUACAGCGCCGGAUGCGGGGCAGCCACAGUGAAAGUGUGGACAUGCUGCCGACAUAGCAAUCGCGUAUAUAUAGCACGUAAAAGGGCAGCCCAACAAUGAUUGAUGACGAUUCCGACGCCAGCCCAAAAAAGAGGCCACAGCACCGGCACGACAGCAGCGACAGCGAGGAAGAAGAAGCCAAGCAGCCCGAACCGCCGCGCAAGGCGACGACGGCCCGCGUCGUCGUGGACAUCACGCGCGCGCGCGACCUGAGCGAGGAACAUGGAACGCCGAACCCGUUUUGCGUGUUGUCGAUCGUGCAGCUGCGCGACGGCCGCCGCCUGUCCGACGCAAGGAGGACGCGCGUCGCGAAGCAUACGUCGAACCCGGUCUGGACACGGGAGCGCUUCGUCUUCGAGGCGCCUAUAUCCAUAAAAGAGCUGCCGAAGCUGCGCAUCGAGGUGUUUUCCUUCAGAACGCUGCGCAAGGCGCGGCUGUUGGGCAAGGCGCAGGUGGCUCUAAACGGUCUUGAGGAAGGCGACAACGAGAUCACGGUGCCGAUAAAACUUGAUACUGUGAAGGCGGGCGAGGUCUGCGCGACGAUCGCCAUGACUCCUCAUGAUGAGACUCACGCGGCGCCCGACGCGGAUAGUGUGCGGUGGUUCGUCGACGAGGAAGCGGUGGCCCCGUGUUUACAUCGCGAGCCGAACUGUUUGCGGGUGGCGUUGGUCCGAUGCGUUGAGUUACAGAAGGAGUCGCGGUUACAGAAACUCGAGCACAUCGUGCACACGCCUCAUAUCAAGCUGACGGCGUCGCUCGGCGACGAGAAAAGAGUGACCAGGAAUAUCGACCGCUCGUCGGAUGUGCUGGUGAUGGAGGCCUUCGACCUGCCUUAUCGCAAGGGCGGCCACCAGUUUUUACACGUCGAACUGAACCAUGGUCUCGGCGUCGCGCGCUUCCCGGUGAAUGAGUUACCAAGUCCGCAUGAAGACGACGGGGGCGCCGCGGCCAUGUGGUUGUCAUUACUAAAGGGUGAGCAGGCCGUAGGAAAGGUCCGGAUCGCGGCGAAGCUGUCGUACGUCGCCGGUUUGGAUCCACAUCAUCAGGACCUCGCCUUCGACGAGUCACAGGAUACUCAACAUUCGAAUGAGGUGAGAGUGGCCGUCUGUCGAGCGCGAGACUUACACCCAGGAACAUGGGACUCCUGCGACGCCUACGUUUCGUUGCGCUUGAACGACCCCCUAUCGAUAGCGCAUCGCACGCAGACGGUCCUCAAGACGACGCACCCCGUCUUCAACGAGAUCUUCGCCUUCGAGUACCACGGCGAAGGCCAUCUAGAGCUUGACGUGUAUGACUGGCACUGGACGUCUGACGAUGAGCUGCUGGGGAGCUGCGCCGUGGCGUUGGACGAGCCUAGUAGGGAAUGGCGCACGUUGGAGCACGGCGCUUUAUUGGUCGCGAUUCAAAAGCGCCACAACCCGGCUUAUACGUAUGAGCCCUUUGCCGGUGACUUGCAUUUCCGUUCACAUGAACCGAACACGCUCAUGAUCGGCGCGCACAAGGUCCGCAUCGCGAAUCAUAUUGCCGAUUUCCAGCCGAUGUUUCGCUGCGAGUUUACCGUGCCUCGCGCCGACGUCGUGAGGACGCGAGAUGAAGGUUUAAGAGCGGGGUUCGCCAUGUUCCGCCAGGUGCUUUCACUUGAAGUGAAGGAGGAUUGUUUGUUGGAGUGUAGUGUCCCGGGUGUCGGUAAAGGUACCUAUGAUAUCGCCCGACUGAAGGCGCGACGCGCUCGAGACGAGCGUAUCGAUCUGUAUGACGGCUCAACGUUAACGGGCCGCCUCCACGUCCGUUUAAGUUGGCGCUUCGACCCCGGUCUCGAUUACGCGCCCUUCACGCCCGAGCCGGUCCGCAUGAAGGCCGAGGUCGCGAAUCAACUGAAAAUCGCCCUGGUCCAGGCGGCUGGUUUGACCGAAGGGUCUCCUUUGGUAGUGUUUGAGGUGUCGUCGUCGGACAAGAUCUUGCACAGAUGGCGGUCGCAGGAGCGGAAGAAGACGCCGCACCCCGUCUGGUACUGGCCUGUGUGGAAAUCAACCUUCGUGAGCCCGCGCGCCAUCGAGCCGACGCGGCCGCGGGGACGAAGUUGCGUCGAUGGCGUGGAAUCGCCACGCCAUCGCGCAGACGCAGCUGUGAGGCGCCCGAAUUCUGAGUUCCACACAGGCACCAGCAGUGGGCCGUCUCGCUCGACGCGAACGUCGCUUCCCCUCAACUGAAAGCUAGACUUGAGGAUGUGUCGAGAGGCGAGCUCAUGGGCCACGCGCUUAUAAACCUGACGUCAUUACUAGAUCGGAAGAUCCAUCGGGGCUGGCACAAGCUGGUCGGAGAGGCGACGGACGUCAGUGAGACGAUCACCGUCGAGCUAGGGGGCGAAGUCGAGCUGAUCGUGCAGUGGUGCCACUCGCCGGCAACAGUGGCAAAGGUCGUCCCUCCGACGACGCCGAAGCCUGCCAAACCAUCACCAUCAGGCAUCAGCGCCGGCAUCUCGGGCAGCACGCAGAAAAAAGUAUUUUUUGGCGUCGCGGCGGCGGGCAUGGCCGCGGCCGCGGGCGCGCGCGCGCGGCGGCGCGCGGCCGCGCGCGCCGUGCCCGAGCUCGCCGAGAUUGAGAAAGAUGAGGCGCCGGCCAUCACGACCGAGGAGGACGAGGACGGGGCCUCGCUGGAUUUGGUCGAGGACUACACGUACGUGAAUCCGUUCGACGUGCACCGAUUCUGGAACCGCGAGGUCUUCGUGACGCCGCCCGGUGCCGUUCCGCGUCCUUUUUCCUCGCAGCUGCCGCGACGCCGUCGGCGCGAUGAUGGCGUCGAGAGCGUCUCCCGCGCGCAGGCGAGCAGUGCGCCCGGUGGCAAUUGCGGCGCGUGCGCCUCGCCACGGAGGUCGCGACGGGCUUCCCCUUCCUGCUGCACGGCGUGCCCGCGCCGCUCGAGUCGGCGAUCCCGUGCGCCGACGGCGUCUUCAUGAGACCGCACCGCCUCGACGCCGUCGACGUGGGCGUCAGAGAGUCGUGACGCCAUCGUUCGACACAGGUACCUGGACGAGAAGCGGUUUUCAUUAAGACGCGCGCACCUGUGCGACGUGCGCGUCUGCCGUUUUGAAGGAAGAGACCACGUCGUGCGCCUCGCGUCUGCUGCGCGAGAGGGGCCGCGUCUGCUCCAGAAGGUCUCCGACUGCCGCGUCUGCUGCGCGACCCAGGAGGAGGCCUGGGCCGUGCGGCGGGCGAUCCUCGGGAGAGCGUCGGGAGGGAAGCAGCUGCCCGUCGACAACGACGAGGACCGGGCCGCCGCGGAGCUCUGCCGCGCGGCGGGCGCCGGCGACUUGGAGCGAGUUGCGGAGCUGCUCGAGACGGGCGAGGCCACGGCGGAGGACGCGAACGGCGCGGGCGAGUCGGCGGUGUCGCGCGCCGUGCGCUUCGCAGUCGAUGCUGCUCGCGGCCGCAACCGCUUGCAGAUGACGCGGGCGUUGAAAUGCGUCGGUCUAUUAAUGCAGAAAGGUGCAGACCCCUUCGCCGCGAGCUGCCUCGGCGCUUCCGCGCGCGACGUGCUUGAGGCGGCGCGCGGCGAGGUCCCGGACGCGAUCAUCGAUACGAUACGGAGGGAGCUCGACCGGGCGGCCAUCGUCGCGACGGCGGACGGCGGCUCGCUUUUAGCUCUGACGGGCGCGGACGCGGCACGGGCGCGCGAAUUAUUGCGGAGGCGCGAGGCGCGGGAAUCUAGAGCAAGACGUCGCGAUGUCACGGGCUGGACAGCAGAGGACGAAAGGCUUGAAGCCGAGGACAACGCCGAAGCGGACGCGGCCGACCCUUUGUAUGGGGUCAAAUUGCGCCGUUACCCGCGCCACGGCGUCGCCGCGGUCUUUUCUUCAGAGAACGGUCCGGAUACGAAGCGGCAGGAUAGGAGGGCCCUCGAAGCGAGGUACCGCAUCCGGCAAGCACUUGAGCGGCAUAACGAUCCCGCUCAGGACCCGCGGCGGAAUCUCGGGUUUACGGACUACAAAGGACCCACACUCACCGGCAACAAGGAAGCAGAUGCUGUGCGUUUGUUGUUCCAUAACGACGACGUCACUUCUGUGGAUUCGGGCCCCCGGUCCAUCGAGGACUCCAUCGUCCUCAAAAGGCCGGGCUCGGCGCCGGCGAAGCGCUCGACGCCAAAGCGGCUCGACGUCACGCCGUUGAAGCGGCGACCGCAGUCGGCGACGGUCGGGAAGCCGGCUUCCGAACUGCACGGCCUCGGCGAGUACAACGUUCACGAGACGCAUUUGGAGCCCCAGCUCCGGCGCAUCCGGGGGUUGUUAGAGGCCGACGCGCAACGCGGGAAACCUACGUUCAUCAAGCAGAACCUGCACCUGCCGCCGACGCGCGGCCGCCUCCACAAACUAGCCUUCAAGGCGGGCCGACCGCCGCGGCCGGACAAGCGCAGUAUUAACCUCGCGCGCGCCGCGGCCGCCGCCAAUUCCUCGCAGAAGCGG